GUCGACCUCGGCCGUGUGACGCAUAUCCCCCUCCUCCUCGAAGCAUGCGCGCGCCCAUGGUUCUGGCAUGGGAAACUCAGCAAGCCCUGCGUUGCUGAAAGCGUGGUUGUAUUCGUGGUUGAAGAGUGGAUUCCUCCUCCGUCUGAUUGGCCUGCCUGCUGCCAUCUUGGCCCUGCAUUUUGAGCUCAGCGAGUCCAGCCACCGCUACAGCGUCAUCCUCCACCGCCUCUCCUCGCGCCUCCGCCUCGCACACUUGACCUGCCGCCUCGCCAAAGGUCAUGGUAUUGGCGCCCACAACAUCUUCUACCUAGGAGGAGCAGACGUCAUGGACCGCGCACAGCACAAGCCCGCCUCAUCUCGGAAACGGUCGAGCACCCCGGACGACAAAGAACGGGCCUCAGGGGCCGCGCCCAGCUCCACCGUCGCAGCCUCCCAACAAACAUCCGGCGCUGCGUCGACCUCCAGCACGCUCUCUCACCCGUCGCCCACCCCCGACAUGCAUUCUCACGCUCGCUCCAUGUCGCACGCCGACAUUGUUCGCCAGGGAAAGCGCCUCUCCCUGCAGUUCCCCAUCCAGCCAGCUGCUGCCGGCAGCAGUUCUCCAGCCAUUCCCUCACCGCGCUCACGGCCGCAAUCCUGGAUUGCCGCGCCCUCGCCAGUCCCUUCGCCGGACUCCACGUCUGCCGAAACAAACAUCCUCAACAUCAUCGCCGCCCAGGAGCGCUUCGUCCUCGAGCUCAAGGAAGAGCUUACCAAGGCCGAGCAGGACCUCAAGACGCUCAAGAAGCACUACGCAACACAGGAAGCCGUCAAGGUGCGGAACGACCUGCGCAAGGUCACCAAGCUGCAGCCGCUGAACACCUCGCUUGCCAAUCAUGGCUUGGACCAAGACGACGAAGACGGCUCUUCCUCGUGGAUGCAGAAGGAGAUGGAACGUCGCAAGGCGCUGUUGAGCGCCAAAGCAACCCAGCGCGGCGGCAAAGUCUUCAGCGGCUCCAGACACCUGCGCACCUUGUCGCUGUUGUCGCCUGAUAAGAAUUAUACGCCGUCGUUUCCCCAGCCGCUCGAUCUGCGGCACGAUGACCCACCUACUCCCGCCACCUCCACCAGCACCGCCAGCCUCCAACGCCCAGCCAUACCUACUCGUCAAUCAGCCUCGCCCGACAUCGCCAACCAAAUAGCCAACACUGUCAAUGGCGAACGCUAUGAUCUCGGCGGUCUCUCCAACAUACAGCGCGAAGCCCUCCUCCGCACCGGCAAGCAGAUGGCCAAUGAUUUCAAAGACGGAUUCUUCACCUUCAUCGAGGACAUUCGGCAAGCCACGGUCGGCGAUGACGCCAUCAAUGCCGCAGAGGGUUCAGCUCCCGGAACCGUUAGGGAUGCUGCCACCAAGGGUACACGCAAAGCGUCCGAGAACCGGCCUACGUUGAACCGAGCAAGCAGCUCAAAGAAGUCGGCCCCAUCCAAGGUGGAUAUCGGAGAUGAGUUCUGGAAGGAGCAUGGUCUGUCUGAGCCCAAGGCCUCGCCGACGCACAAGAAAACUCACGCUCUCAAGCAAACGCGCACCCCCCAAAAGCAAACCGCAAGCCAGGCCGACGACUUCGAUAGCUGGGAUAACUGGGAAACACCAAGCGACAACCACGUUCACGCCGCCAAGAUAUCAGGCGACAGCAACAGCUCGGAUGAGUCGGAAGGGCCUUCCUCGCCUGCGUCUGGACAGGUCAGCUCAAGGACAAGCACUAGGUACCACUCGCAACGCCACGACUCCAAAGCCUCCACUCACACAGCGUCCAGCUCUGUCGAAGAGUCUUCCCGCCGCGACUCCAAGCGCAACUCUAUCCCUUGGCCCGAGCUCAGCAAGCUGUCACCUUCGCAAUUGAAGCGCACAGCUUCACACUUGAUGAAGGAAUGGGAGAAGAACCUCACGCCUCCUCCGGAGUCGAGGGACUUCAACCACGCCAGCGGUGAUUACAUCGGCCGAUCAGUGUCUCCUUCAGAUUUUGCGUAACGAUCUAUUGAUGAGCUACGGCAAGCUAUAUACCUUACGAUUAACGCCAUUAGACGCAACGUCUAGACGAAAUGUCUUUUGUCUAUUUCUAAUCAUUUACUCAAAGAGAUUUAAGAAGGCGGAUUGGUGCAAGCGAGACAAUUGUCUAGCAAAAGUUAGAGCCGGAGCUUCGUUGUUUAUAUGGGAAUUGGUAGCGGGAUGCGGCGUUAAUGCUGUCUAAUGGUAUUCAUGAUGUUAAUAGGAAUCGUAUACAUUAUGAGCU